CCUCUCGGGAGGGGCAAGGAGUUACUGUGUGGCUCGGCAGCCAGGCAGCUGAAGAACUGCUACAAGUCGUCUCUAGACGAAGCUGCUCUAAGGGCCUGGUCCAGCUUCUUUUGUGAUCCGCCGGGAGUUGGCAACCUUUGGGAUCUACUAAGCAUAGUCACAAAAGGAGAAAAUGCCCAAGUUUCCGAGGCGUACCAGGAUUCACAAGCUGCUUCAUCGCAGUCAUCUAGUCAAGAUAAAAGCCUCCAAGGCGCAUGAGUUGGAGCUCGUCACAGCGACCCGCUUCGGCGGCACGGGUGUCGGUGGACCAAGCCGGGAACAGUCCCUCCGGCAGGCGGCGCAGCUGUAUCUGUCCACGGGAAACCUGCGCAAGUACUGCGAGAUCCUCACCGAACUUGGAGCGUGGAACGAGGCCCUCUCCUUAGCACCGGGAGUAUCUUACCAGUAUUGGCGCCACCUAACGAAGAGAAGGUGCGAUUUCCUUGUGAAGGAAGACCGGACAGAGGCCGUAGGACUAAUGCUGGCGCUAGGAAACGUACCGGAUCUCACCGCAUUUCUCAGAGCCAGGGGACAGGCCGACAGCGCUUACGUUCUAGCGCUGGCCACGCGACAGGCACCAGGCUACGGAAUCAGCCGAGAGGACAAGUCUCCGGGAAGCCCUACGAAAUCUGCCGGCUGUUCUGAAAAGCUUGUACAGGAAUGCACUCAAGAAAUGUCGGAGAAGUACCUUUUGGAAGGAAAGCCUACCCUGGCGGCCUGCUGUUACUUGACUGUCAAUGACGUCCGGGGUGCCCUGCGGGCCUUAAUGCGCGGAAACCAACUCGAACUGGCGCUCAGUGUCAUCUUGCAUUCGGGCUGCGAAGAUCCUGCGAAGGCUGCGUCACUCUGUUCCUGGCUGGCCUGGAGGUGUUCUCACACUGGAAACUGGGAAUUGGCCAUGGACCUGCUAGGUCUGUGCAAAGACGCGCAGGCGGAGAGAAUCGAAAUCCUCGCCGGCUGUGGAUGUUCCUUGGCCGAGAGGAACGCUCUUCACGAGAAGGUUUCUCUGCCUUCUGUCGAGGAGUGUACAUCGCUAGCACGUCAACACAACGAAGAUGGUGACAGCAUGGCAGCCGUUCAGUACUACCUUAUCUCAGAAACCCAAUCCGAGGCUCUAAUCGUUGGAUUGAGCUACGUUAAGGAGCAAAUAUCGUCUAGGCGGUGGACGCUCGACUCCCUUUGGAGGCCAGUGCGUUGGAUGCAAUGUCUACAUCCAAGGAUAUUGUCCCAAGAAAAAAACGACGAGUUCUACAAGGAGCUCAGGUUCUUUUCUGCGUACGUCGGUGCGCUGAAAGCUCUUCGUGAUGGUUACUGGGCGGUCGUGGCACCUCUCUUGGCCCACGCCAGGGACUUGCUCAGGAAAAAUAAGUUACUGGAGCUGUUAUUAGAAAACGAAGUGCUGUUGGACGACAGCGAAGCAAUGCCCACCAGCACCGACGCAAAGAAUAGCAUACUACAAAACCGGGCGUUUAACAGUGACCGUUUGAGUGAGAAAUUGGGAGGCAAACUUUCGGAGGACGGAGAAUUCGGAGAGGUUUAUGUCGCCGGCUGCAAUCUGCCCAGGCAUUCCGAUCAACGUCGCUCCAUCUUCACUGGAAAGCAUAUUCAGGGCCCUGUAUAUUACCUGGAUGAAACUGAGACGACCGUAUCUCUAAGCGAAGCCAUCAUGUGGGCCAGGGUCAACCUCCUGUCCGCACCAAGAGCAUACAAUCGGGUCAUCCCGUUUUGACUCUUGACACUAAUAUUGUUGUUUGAAAAUUAAUAAAACUAAUAUUGUUGUUUA